AGAACGGCGGUUUCAGUCACCGCCCGAUCCUCGGCGCGCACGGUAUUCGGAUGGGAUUUUCGUCUGUUUCGUCUCCGUUUCUCUGUUUUCUUUUCUUUUUUUUUAACCCAUUCAUUCAUUCGUUCGUUCAUUCAUUCAUUCGUUCAUCCAUACAACGAAAUUAUCAGUCGUCUAUGUGAGAAGGAAGAAAAGUGGUGCUUUCGAUUAAUUGCAAGCGAGUUCGUGACGUAAGGAGAGAAAAAAAAAAAGAUUAUUUUUGAAGUGAAAAACUCGAAUGGUUUUUUUUUUCUUUUUCGAACGACGUUUUAUGUAAUAAUAAUAAUAAUAAUAAUAAUAAUUUAAUAUAAUAAUAAUAUAAUAAAUUAUUGUUAUAAUAAUAAUAAUAAUAUAAACAUAAUAAUAAUAGUAAUAAUACUAAUAAUGAUAAUAAAUAAUAAUAAAUUAAUCACUUAAAAAGAAGAACCGUCAAAAAAGACUAACAAAUUUGGUGAACAACGAUAUGUGAACACUCGACGUUGAGAACGUUUAAUGAACGUUCGAAGACAAUAGAAUGCAGUCCGCCGAGUGUUCGUGACGAUUACAGGUAGAAGACGUGUGGUGAUGAAAGAAAAAAAGGAACUACAACAACAACAACAUCGACGUCUUCUCGUCGAACCAUUUCUUGGCAUCGAAAUACCGCGAAGAUUACGUAGGAGAUUCAUAGAAAAGAGUCGAGAGGAGCCGAUGAAAGCCGAGAAGAGUCGAGUGAAGGUCUUACAAAGUUGUCGUUCCUGCUUCUGCGUUUACACGUUUCUACGCAUUACACGAGAUGUCGUCUGGGAUACAUUACCGUGGUAUGCGAUGAUUAUCGUCAGAGGAACCUGAGGAGAACAUACACGUGAGAUCGAUGAUACUCUCGUGUUAAAAGAAAAAUUGUACGAGCGACGAGGCCACGCGCGACGUGAGUCGCCACGAACGCGAUUUAAUAGAUCGACGAAAGAAUGUGACGAAUCCUUUCUGGAUUGUCUACGACGAGUCGGAUGGUGUUAAGGAGAAAGACGAAGAGAAGAAUGGAGCAAGUUCCCGAAGGUUGAUAGAACGAAAUCGUCGACAAGAAAGAAAAAAAACAAGACAGAGAAAAAGAGAGAGAUAGAGGGAGAGAGAAAGAGAGAGAGAGAGAGAGAGAGAGAGAGAGAGAGAGAGAGAGAAAACACGAGUGAGAGGAUCGUCGAUAUGACAAGUCGGAUAAUGCAGCCGACCGCCUCAACACUCGGCAUUAUCGCCAUCGUUUUCGUCACGAUCACUGCCACGGCAUCAGAAGCCGAGAACGGUGGCGCCAUCGGGCUUGAUAUCAAUCAUCCUGGAGGCAGGAACACGGAGGAGGAUCAUCGACACUUUCCGGGUAACGAGAGGAGUACGAGAAAUAACAACAACAACAACAAUAACAAUAACAAUAACAAUAACAACAGCAACAGUAACAGUAACAGCAGUAGCAAUAGCAACAAUAACCAAAGCAGUAACAACACCGAUAACAACAAUACCAAUAAUAAAGAGGAAGUUAAAGAAGAGGAAGUUUGGCCCGUCGAGAAUAUCGACGUUAAUUCUACGAUCGAUUUGUCUUAUCCAAAGAAAAAGAGAAAAUCUGAUGUAACGACGUCAUCGGCAACGACGAUGACACCGACGAUAGAACGAUCGAAUAGGAAUAAUAAUACCGAAAAGAGGACAAUUAGAAAGGAAGUAAAUAGAAUCGAGUUUCUCGAUUACGAGGAGACAGAGUCGUCACGGUAUCAGAGGGAUCAGAGUAAAAAGGUUGAUCAGGGUAUAUCGAGGAUUCAGGAUGAUCCUAAGGACGAUUCAACCGUGACGAUCGUACCACCGAGAUCCCAUCAAAGGAUACCGAUCGAUGUCACUACGUCCAGGGAUUUCUCGGUGUUAGCUGGUAGUACGAGCCUAUUCGAAAGCCGAUUGGAAAACAGUGUCACAGUGAAGGCUACUUACUUGGAAGUACCUCGACAGGAUCCCUCGACGAGUAGUAGUAGUAGUAGUAGUAGUAGUAGUAAUAGUAGUAGUAAUAGUAAUAGUAGUAGUACUAAUAGUAAUAGUAGUAAUAGUAGUAGUAGUAGUAUCAUCAACAUCAGCAACAGCAACAACAACAGUAGGAUCGAAGUCGAGUCAUCGUCCUCCUCCUCCUCCUCCUCCUCCUCUUCUUCUUCCUCUUCCUCUUCCUCUUCGAGCAACGUCAGAUCGAACGAUCUUCAUCGAUCUUCUCGGUUAAAGUUACGACACGAGAACGAGCUGGAUCAAGAUAUCGAUCAUGGACAUUUUGAAUCGUCCAGUCUGCGUUCGAUCGAUAACUCGCCCUCGCAAUAUCUGCGUUCAACCGAAUCGAUCGAGCGCAAGGAUUUCAAUGACAUAAGAGCGAUAUCCUUUCAAGUACCAAAGCCAGAAAUGUUUGAAGAGUUAAAUGUCGACGAGAAGGAACGUGAUCGUUCUAUCGAAUCCCUUGUUAAAUCUGUCCGUAACAGUAAUCACGAUAUCGACCCUACCAAAAUCGAAGAUCCAUUAAAAAUGAUCCCAGAAACGAGGAAGGAUCAUCGUUCGAGAUUAAUGAACGAAUUGUUGAUAUCUGCUAACGAGAAAUCAACGAAAGCGUUUUACGAGAUCAAACCUUCGGUUAAAACCGAACUCGAAAGGAACAACGACGGUCAUAAUAAUAAUAAUAAUAAGAAUAAUAAUAAUAAUAGUAAUAAUAACGGUAGUAAUCGUCGUCAAUCGAUUAUUACUAGCACGCAAAAGGAGUUAGGUGGAAAAUUUAUUCUGCCGAGCGUUGACAGUGCCAUUGGGAAAUUUGGACCUUACUUCGUCGAUGGCGAUCGAGAGAUUAACGUAACUGCAAGGAUCGGUAGCACCGUUGGCCUUGAUUGCAAGAUAGGCUUGCUUGGCGAUAAAAAGGUAACUUGGGUGCAACAAGACAAGGAUUCCUUUCGACUUUUAACCGUUGGCAGGAUCCCAUAUAGCGUCGAUCAAAGGAUCAGUCUUCAUUAUCGGUACCCAAGUAACUGGAGAUUGCAAAUCCUGUAUGCUUCGCCAAGGGACUCAGGACUGUACAAGUGUCAAGUAUCUACUCAUCCACCUCUUGUGAAGAAAAUUAACGUUAUCGUCACGGCACCAACUUUAACGAUAACGGAUGAUUCCGGGAGAACAGUCGCGAAGGAGAGACACUUAAAAGCUGGAAGUGCCCUGCGUUUGAGAUGCGAAGCUAGGGACGUAUUAGAACCUCAAAAUGAAACAGUCGUUUGGACCAGAGGAGACGAAACACUCACUGAUAACGUCAGCGAGAACAGGACAACGGAGAUGACAGAGGGCAAGGAGGUCCUUGUGAUAGUAACAACUCUCAUCGUCGAAAGAGCCAGCCCGAGGCACGCCGGUAACUAUAGUUGCUUGGUGCCUGGAAUAGCCAAGACGACUAUAGCCGUUCACGUUCUCAAUGGCGAAUUACCAGCGGCCGUGCACGAUGGAAACGGUGUAUCACGUGCUGUCCUCAAUCUCUGGCUGAUUCAUUUGACAGUGAGCUACGUAUUCUUCAGAUGACAAUACUAAGGUUGUUUCAACAAUGUCGGGGUGCAUCCACGGCGCGACUAUCUCGAUUCAAUUUUCUUUGGGGGCGGGACAUCGCAAUGCGGUCUCUCAGAAACGAGACGAUACACUCACGUAUACAAUACAUAUAGAGACAUAGACACAUGGACGCAUAUGUGCACAUAGGACACAUAAGUGCAGAUAUACACUUACAUAUAUAUACACACGCACACGUGUGUGUAUGUGUGUAUGUGUAUAUGUGUAUGUAUGUAGACACAGAUACAUACACGUAUAACAGAUAAAUUCACAUACGGAAAUACACGUACAUAUGUACGUAGCAUGAGAAAGAGAGAGAGAGAGAGAAAGAGUGUGUGUGAGAGAGAAAGAGAAAGAGAGAAAGGCAACAGCGAGCUUACGUGCCAGUAUCACGAUCAUCGUUCGAUUCGAUUGGGAUCAAGGAUCAAGACGGGUGUCGCCUGCCAGGAUUGAAUCGUCCUGCGGAAAAAGGAGAUCGAACGGAAAUGUGCACGUGGAUGGUCUCUUCUCGGCCGGAUAAAAGAGACAUUUUCUUCUACGGGCAUCUCGAGACCACCGAGACUAUGAAGGAUAAAGUGAGAUGGACGGUAACAUAGUGGAAUAGAGAGAGAGGGGGGGAGGGGAGGAUAGAAAUAAAAAAUGAAAAAGAAAUUACGAAAAAAUAAAAAUGAAAACACGGAAAACUCGGCGUAUUGAAGAUUUGCGCGUUACUAAAAAAAAAAGAAAAGACGUAAAGAAAAAUAGCAAUUAUAUAUAUAAAGAGGGAGAGAGAGAGAGAGAGAGAGAGAGAGAGAGAGAGAGAGAAGGGAGAAUUAUUGUUUUUUGUCUCUCUCGUCAUUGAAUAUAUCUUCUCUCUCUUUCUCCUCUCGUUCUUAUUAUUCGUUAAUUUCCUCGAACUCCCGCAUCUCCUUUUCGGAGUGAACCAAACGAUUAAUCAGACGUUUUUCAAAAGAAAAGAAGAAAAUGAAUAAAAAAAAAAAAAAACAGAAAUGAAAGAAAGAAAAGAAACUUUGUCGAAUUUAAUUCCGAAGCCGUCGAAGUUGAAUGACAAAUUUUUAACAAGCGAGUGUCAUAGUAAUCGUAUUUAUGUCAUUCAUAGAUACCUUCUCAUCGUUACGACUGUAUGUUAAAUAAAAUUCAAAGAAAAAAAAGAGAUAGAGUUACAGAGAGAAAGAGAAAGAAAUAAGGUAAGAAAGAAAACAAGUGUUUGUAAGAUAGAAUGAGAAAAAGAAAAAGAUUAAUCAAUCUCGAUCGGUUAUAUAUGAAAUAAGAAAGAGAGAAAAAUUACAGUGGAGUUUCGUAGAAACAUUUUUAUUAUGUUACGAUGACGUUAAAUAAAAUCAAUGAGGAAACAGAGAGAGAGAGAGAGAGAGAAAGAGAGAGAAAGAAAGAAAGAAAGAAAAGAAAAGACAUCAAGAUGAAACAAAGAUAAUAAUGUGAUAGAAGAAAAAAGAUUCAGACGCAACCCAAUUCGAAUGUACCAGAAAUAGAUUUAACCUUUCUUCCUGGUUUCCGUUGCAUUUUUAUUCCUUGUCAAGGAUCGGAAAAUCAGUUAUUCAAACCGUACCACAACCAUCAAAUAUAUCCGAGAUACAUAUUGAAAAAUGGCAUCCCUCACAAACCAUGUUCUACUUGAAUAUUUCGAUGAACUCUAUUAUUAUUAUUAUUAUUAUUAUUAUUAUUAUUAUUAUUAUCGUUAUUACUAUAGUUAUAUACUAGUAUAGUGUAUUACUAUAGUAUCAGCUGCAACUCCCUAUCGAAUCGAAACUCUUACGAUUUUCUACGUCGUUGAAUUUUCUAUACUAUUAUAUUUCUAUCUCUCUAUCUCUUUAUCUCUCUCUCUUUCUCUCUCUCUAUAUAUAUAUAUAUAUAUAUAUAUAUAUAUAUAUAUAUAUAUAUAUGUAUAUCUAUCUAUCUAUCUAUCUAUCUAUCUAUCUCUUUUUUCAAUGAAAAUCUUUACUGUAUUUUCUUCUUUUCUUCUUUCCCUUUUUUUCUUUUUUUCUCGUUUGCCGUAAAUCGAAUAUCUAUCUUUUCGUAUAAUAUCGAAUAACGGACAAGCAACCAAGCAAGCAAGCAAGCAAGAAAGUAAGCAUGCAAGAAGAAGAAAAAGAUGAAGAGGAAGAAAAUGGGAGAAAAAGAAAAGACGAAAUAAAAGAAAAUAAAAAUAAAUAGGACAAAGAAGAAGAGUAAGAAGGAAAAGAAGAAGAAAUGUAGUGGAGGAUAAUGAAGUGAACAUGUGAGAAAUUUGUGAGAAAACGUAUCAAGAAUCGUCGAGGACGUUAUGCGUGUUAAGAGAAAAACAAAAAAAAAAGAAAAAAGACAAAAAAAAAAGAAAAAAAAAACAGAAAUGUUUUAUCCGUAUAAAUAAUGAUACAUAUACUUACACAUUAUAUAAGUUAAAUAAAUUCGAGAUUGCACAGGUGUAAGUACUUGCACGUACAGAUUGACGAACGAACAAACGGACAGAACAAACAAACAAAGAAUGAAAAGAAAAAAAAGUAAAAGAAAAAAGGAAAAAAGAAAGGAAACAAACAGACAAAAAUAACACUCCUACGACACACGAUAUCGAUCGCGAUAAAAUGUUAUAUAUUUUUAUAUGUACAUAUGGCGUUCCUCGUUAUCCUAUUAAAAAUAUUAAUAUAAUAACAAUAAGAUAUACACAUAUUAUAUAUAUAUAUUUAAGUGAACUCGACGAAAGGCGGUAGAUAGAUAGAUAUAGAUAUAUGUAGUAAUCGAUCGAUCGCGAAAGCCGAGAACGAAUAAUUCCAUUUUUGAUUAUAUUUCCCAAAGGAUAUUUCCUGUGUAAAAAGAUAUGUACGAAAAAGAUAUAUAUAUAUAUAUAUAUAUAUAUGUGUGUGUGUGUGUGUGUGUGUAGCAAGUACGAUUGAUCCAGGUACGAGGAAAAUGAAAGGAAACGAAACGAAACGAGCGAAAAUCGAUAAAACACCAAUAAUAGGAUCCAACGUUUCGUCUGUACUACUUACUUACUUACUUACUUACUUACUUACUUACUAACUCACUACUUACGGAAGAAAUUUCUCGUCAAAACAUUUCUAGAUCCUCGAAUAAUUCAAUACGAUCGAAUUUUGUAUCCCCAUUCUUACUCUCUAUCUACCUAUCUAUAUAACUCCCAACUCACCCCACUUCAAUUUCAUAUCUCUUUCCGCGGUUUCACAUAGAGCUUGAUAAUUAAUUUAACGCGAACGUGUUCCACGAACUAGUAGUCGAUUGACGUAUGUACAUAUGUAUUAUCAAGAAAAAAGGUAUUUUAAUCGUUCCUGUCAUAUUCGACGUUUACUAUCAAAAUUCAUAUGCAAUACACACAUCAUGUAUAUAUGUAUAUACGUACGUAUGUAUGUACAUGUAUUAUAUAUUUUCGAUAGAUCGCUUUCGCGAUUUUUUUUCUCCUUUUGGGAGAGAAGGAAUUUCUUUUUUUUUUUCGUUUUCAUUUUCAGCAUUUUUGUUCAUCGAUUUUCUUUUCUCCUUUUCUUUCUCUCUUUUAUUCGCAAAUUAAACUUUCAAUCGCGAUCGAUCGAUCAUACGUUUGAAAUAAUUUGACGAUGAUCGAUCGUUAUUAAUUGUCGUUACUUGGAGAUAUCGUUAUCUUAUCUCAUUCGAUCUCUCAUCCUAUGCGUUAAACUAUUCAAUUCGAAUUAUAUUCGAGAACAUCGAUUGGUCAAGGGUCAUCGAUCGUGUGUUCCCUUUACGACCGAGAGAAUCCUAUUCGGAAACGCUUGAUCCUCCUUAUCGGCAUUGUCUCUUAACCCCCACCCUCCUUACGUCAUCCUUAUCAACUAUCCCUACUAACUACCAUAUAUUAUCUGUACAACCUAGCAAUCGUACUUAAUUGUUCCUUAUCUUGCAUCCCUUGUGUCGAUCUCGUUUUCUUCUUCUUUAAUAUAUACAUAUAUAUUCUUCUUUUUUAAUAAUUCUAAUAUUAUCGAGAACAAAAUCUAAUUUAAAGUUAUCGUUUCUUUUGAAGAUCGUUUUAUACGCAACGACGCGUUAAUAAUUAUUAACGAUAGAAAUAAUUGUUACGAAUGAAACAACAAAGAAAAAUAUCUAAAAGCAAUCGAUCUAUCAGAAAUAAUUUUUCGAUUACUUCGUCGAUGAUCGAUAGAUCAUUCUCCGAUGAUUUUCAAACUCGUUUCUAAUAUCGUUGCGAUCGUGAUAUCGUUCAAAAACGAAAUCUCGUUGGUAUCGAUUUUUUUCUUUUCUCUUUGACAAAUUAUUUCAAAACGUAAUAAUAUAUCGACAAUUAUUUAACGAUGGAAAUAUUUUCUCUGAACAAAAAAGAAAAAAGAAAUAUAUCUGAAAGCAAUCUAUUGAAAAUUAAUUGAUUUCUAAUGUCGAACACGAUCUUAAAGAUUCUUCUUCGAGGUUUCCCGGAAGAUUCUAUCGAAUUUCUCUCUUUCUCUCUUUCUCUCUCUUUCUCUUUCUCUUUCUCUUUUUCUUUCUCAAGGAUAGCAGUCACAUUCCUUUUUACUUGAGAGUAAAGAAGAGAAGAGAAAAAAGAGAAGGUAAAGAAAAGCAAGAGAGCUUUUUUCCCUUCUCGAAUGUCGAUAAUUUAACGUAGAAACAAGCUCCUGCGAUUCCCCCUUGCUAGUAAUUGGAAAAAUUUUUCAUUUAUAGAACUGACUACUCUCUAUCUUUCUCUCUCUCUCUCUCUCUCUCUCUCUCUCUGUGUGUGUGUUUCUCUCUCCAUCUCUUUCUAUCUCCCUCUUUCUCUUUUUUCUUUCUCUUUCUCUCUUUCUUCCUCUUCGUGAUUCUUUCCUUUUCCGUUUGGCGAUAGAAAAGCGAAAGAAUGCAGGUAAUUAUCGUUGCUCUUCGUGUCUUCGUAAAAAAGAAAGAAAGAAGGAAAGAAAAAGGAAAAGAGAGGGAGAGAGAGGGGAAAGAAAAAAAGAAAGAAAGAAAGGAAGAAAGAAAGUUAAGAACAAGUACAACGAAAUAAUGGAACAAGUGUCUAGGCAAAGAAGAAGGUAAAAAAAGAAAAAGAUAGAAAAAAGAAAGGAAAAGAAAAUAGAGGAGAAAAAAGAAAAAAGCAGAAGAUGGGAGAAAAAAAUGACUUUAAAAAAAAAUGGAAAGAGAAAGAGAGAGAGAGAGGAAAAAAGAAAAUAAUAUUCACUCCGACAACGAGUAUAUCAACGUAGUCUUCGUAUUAUCUUUGUAAUAAAUAUUAACGUGUAUAAACUACGUAUAUUCUUUCUCUCUCUCUCUCUCUCUCUCUCUCUCUCUCUCUCUCUCUCUUUCUAUCUCUUUCUCUCUCUCUCUUUCUAUCUCUUUCUCUCUCUCUCUUUCUCUCUCUCUUUUUUACGCGCUCGUGAGACAAAUUAUAUAAUUCUCGAACGAGUAAAAGAAAGAAAGAAAGAAUAAAAUAAAGAAAAAAGGGACGAUAUAUGUAACUUAAUUGAAACGAUAACUAUUGUAUAUAAAAUGUAUGAAUUUACAAGAACGUUUUGUGUGAGAUAUAUAUAUAUAUAUGUAUAUGUAUAUGUAUAUGUAUAUAUUGAAUUUUCAAAUCGUGAUUCAAUGUGUUUGAUAAUUCCUUUAGGGCAGAAAAUAAUUCCCUUUCUGCGGUUGCAACCAGUCAAUACGAGCGUAUGUGUGUGUUAAUCAUCUAGCGAGAAAUCAAUUUCCUACAAUUCGAAAAUAUUUUUCAGAUAUAAACGUUCAUUCGUAUUACUUACUCUCUUGUUUGUUCGUUUCUUUCUUUCUUUCCUUCUUUUAGUCGUAAAAAUCUCGUAUAAACGAACGGGCUAUGUGUGAGUAUGUAUGUGCGCGCGUGCGCGUGUGUGUGUAUGUCGAUUCAUCAUUGAAAAAAAAAAAUUUAAAAAAAAGGGAAAGAAAAGAAACAAAAAUCGACAUUUUUGUUUUUUUUAAUUUGUCCUGGAAUAUCGUAGACACCGCGUAUCGUUCCUCCUCGUACCUGGCCUAUGUAAAAGAAAGAACGUUUAUGUGAGUUAUUUAUUCAGAAAUUGUAUAGUUGUGUUUGUAUUUAUCAAAUGAAGAAACACAUAUACGGACACGCACACUCACGCGCACACGCACAUUAACAACAUUCAAAGGAAAACUACACUGCAAGCGAAACCAAAGAAAUCGUAUUCCGAGAUAAGUACGUAAUUUUUAGGAUAAAGACUUUUUCUGCGUUUAAACGAUAAGAAAAAAGGAAGGAAGGAAAAAGGAAAAACGAAAAAAAGAAAAAAGAAAAAAAAACGUAAAAAAAAAAGAAAAUACCAAGAAUGAAAGAAAAUUAAUAAUAAUAAUUAUUAUUAUUACAAUAAUUAUAAUGAUAAUGAUAAUGAUAAUAAUAAUAAUAAUAAUAAGAAUAAUAAUAAUAAUAAUAUUAACAGUAAUAAUAACAGUAAUAAUAAUUAUAAUUAUAAUUGUAACGAUAAUGAUAAUGAUAAUGAUAAAUGAAAGAUGGUCUCUCACGCAUUUACAGACGUCACCCGACGCUGUAUAAAUAAGAUAAAACAAAGAGGGGAAGAAAAAUGAAAAAAAUUGAUAAAAAGUUGGGUGAACGGGAGAAAGUAAUGAUUGUAAAACAAUGAAAUACGAAAAUGACGAAGGUUAUGUCUAAAUAUAAAGUUUGAGAGUCGUGUUAUUAAACAAACAAUUUCAAGGAAAUGAUAAAACUCACGUUCUAUUCAUGAAUUAUUUCUUUCUUCGUAAAAACUCGCAAAAGAAAGAGAGAGAGAGAGAGAGAGAGAGAGAGAGAGAAUGAAAUAAUGUAUUAUAAAUACACAUACUCACAAAGAA